GUUAUCUAUCUUUGUUUUCCUUCAGUCACUCAGGAAAGUACCAGCCCGACCUGCCUCCUGUCCUGGACAGCUACAGAGGAACACAGAGCAGAACACAGACAUAAAGACGUCCUCGUCGGAUACAGACGCAACACACACACAGCAGUGUUCUGAGGUUUCACAGCAGAGGAAGCCAAGAGGACAAACACACACAGCGGCUCCAUCUCUCUCUCUUCCUGCACGCCCUCUGCUGCAUCUCAGGGGACUGAGGUUGCUCUACCCGAGCCUCCCCCCCCCCCCCCCCCCCCCCCCCCACGGCCGGACAUUGCAGAUUGAUGAUGCCGCAGCAGUCAAUGGAUCGCUGUGAGGUUUCAGAGAACUACCACCAUCAUAGCCCGGGGGUCCAGGGGAGCCAGCGGCGCCUGGUCAGUGGACUCCUUCUCUGGGUCGGUCUCCUCACCGUCAGCCACGUGGUCUCCAUCACCCUACUCGUCAUCACCAGGCCACACGCACUGCCUCUGCCAGAAAUAGUUUCAGCUCCAAAACCCACAGCAGACUCAUCUCUGAGCAUAACCCUGGAGCCACAAAGAGUGCCAUGGCAAAUGCUCACCUUCGAACCCACAAGUAUAGAUGAUAAUGAUGUCUCGGUGGCGAGAAGUGGGAUCAAGUGGAAGACGCAGUCCAAGGCAAAUAAUUUUGUCUCCCUAAAGGGCGGAUCCCUGACCAUCAACCAGGAUGGUUGUUACUUCCUGUAUCUUCAGGUGACUCUGGAGACACCAGAGGUGUCUGGACAGCACAUAGUGAGAGUGAACAAGCCCAACAGUGUCCUGCUGGAAGUAAGGAUGAACAACACCUCCCUCAGCACAGGGUUCCUGGGCAGGGCUGUGGAUCUAGCAGCCUCUGACACCCUCACAGUCACUGUCUCCCCUGGUGCCAGGAUCAACACCACCUACACCGCCACAUACCUGGGCAUCAUAGGUCCAAAAUUAUAUCUGUAGAUUCUAUAGGAUAUAGACACUCCUGUCUUCAUAGACACAUGCUGGGGGCUAGAUCUGGGAGUCAUUUGGUAGGGGUUGAUUGAAUAGAUCCUGGGGAUCUGGAGUUAACUGGGAUCAACCCAUCAUCCCACCACCUGUUAGAGAGAUGGAGUAGUGGGGAAGAUCAUGUGGGAGACACCGUAUAUUUGACUGAAACUGAUUCAGUCCGACUCCCUGCUCAUCACAGAAGAUUAUUCCACUCCUUUAUACUCUACCUAGCCUUCCAACUGGUUUUGAGCUGCAAGGAUUUUAUUUCCAGAAUUCUACAGAUUUUUUUAUUCGAUUUUUAUUUAACCUAUAUUUAACUAGGCAAGUCAGUUAAGAACAAAUUCUUAUUUUCAAUGACGGCCAACCAAAAUGCAAAAGGCCUCCUGCAGGGAAGGGGGUUUAAAAAUGUAAUAUAAUAAUGCGUCUUGUAAUGUUGGAAAAAUAUGUUUAAAAGUAUUGGUCAUCAUGGGUUAUGGGUUGUACUGUUACUUUAGCAUGUUUCUCUCUUGGAUGAAGUAGCACUAUUUUUAUCGCUCAUGAUUAUAGUUAGUAUGUUUUUCCAGUAAAUAUUGUUUUUUAAGCUAUGAAUGAAGGGAUUGUCUUGUCAAGUCAUGUGCACAGGGUUGUUGAGAGAAUGCACAGUAUCAACAUAUCUUUAAUGAUUACUUUAAUAUUUGCGUACUGCUUUGUAUUUAAAAUAUUAUUUUUAAAAUAUAUUUAUGUCUUAUUACAAUAUUAUCUUAUUAUUAUUUUCUUAUUUAUUUUCUAUAUCUAUUUUGAAGGACAUGUUGAGUAUGUUGUAGGAUGAGAUGUAGAGAUAAUCAAUGAAUGUAUGUCACUAACCAGGUUUCCAUUCAAUCGUUUUAUGCGAGUAAAGUACGUCAUGCUAACCAGGUUUCCAUUCAAUCGUUUUAUGCGAGUAAAGUACGUCAGGUAAAACAUUUAAUGACGGGCCUGAUGGAAACAGAAAAUGUUUCGGUAAACCUUCCAAAUGUAGACAAAACAAAGUACGCUAUACAAGGUGGGAUCUUUUUGUGUCGGUAAAAUUAGUUAUGCGAGAAAUGGCAGUGGAAACACCUUUAUGCGCAAAUAUUGAUGUAAUAACCAUUAUAUCGAAGUAAACUUGGAGUCAUGCCAUGAUAAAUGGUGUGGUUCUCCCACUACGACUCGGGAAAGCAUGCAGUUCAUUAGGCUACAGAUUAAAUACAUUAUGAUGAACUUCACAGGGUGGUGAAUGUGCAUGGUGAUGCUCCUUUCCAAUAAAUAUCGAGGGUCUUCUUCUGGUGACAUGAUGAUCGAUUCUUUUGACAAAUACAAAUAAUAUUGCUCUUAUCCAAUAACCGCAUAAUGUUGGUAGCCUACCGCACUGUAUCUGCGAGCUGUUGGCUAGAGCGCAUGUUCCAAGAUCAGAGUGCACAUUUCCUACUCCAUCAGUAGAGUUGAAAAUGUGAUGGAAACCCAUUUUCCAUUCGGUAGGCUACAUGGGAAUUUAACGGCAGAAGUUAUUUUUUAUCUGCACUACGUCCUCAAGCACAGCCUUUUACCCAUACAAAAAAGUAUGUUUGAUGGAAACAUCCCUGGCGGGGGAAUGCACAUAUCGUUUUAGCAGAUUUUAGAAUAUUAGCAUGAAAAUCUAUCGCAAAUUGGAUGGAAACCGACUUUAUAGCGCCAAAUAAACAAGAAAAAAAGGUACGUUGUUACGAAUUCCACAACUGAAGUUCCCGCUGGGAAACAGGAAUGCAAUCUAUUAUAAUAAGAAAGCACUGGAUUCUUUUUCUCUCCAAACAAAUAAAUGAAGUACAGUAUUUGACUUGUAUAUGGCUUUUAUUUCACCUUCAACUAUUGUUUGUCGAAGCCAAAAUUACAGAAAUGUGGACUAAUUCAUGACAUGUUGUGAAAUUAUAUGAAAAUAAAGCACAAAUAGAUUUAAGUCUAAUUGUGUCAUACCAACGCUGUGGGGGGUGAGAGCUAUUAUAAACAGAUGUGAAACCACCAGAUGUGAUUCAUUACCAACACAGUGAAAUAAGGGUCAAAUCGAACUACAGAUGUAGGAUCAUCAUUUGAUCCCCCUUUGCAGAAUAACUUGUAGUGUAUUUGAGGUUUAAAAAGGCUUCUAAAGUUUGUCAUUUCUACACUGAAAUUUCAGACUUGAUUUUCCAUUAAGAAAAAUGUAUCUACAGUGCAUUCAGAAAGUAUUCAGACCCCUGGACUUUUUCCACAUUUUGUUACAUUACAGCCUUAUUCUAAAAUUGAUGAAAUUGUUUUCCCCCUCAUCAAUCUACUGUCACGCCCUAACAAUAGAGAGCCCUCUGGGUUCUAGCGUUUGUAUUUCUAUGUUGGUGGUUUGUAUGGUUCCCAAUUAGAGGCCGCUGGUAAUUGUUGCCUCUAAUUGGGGAUCAUAUUUAGGUAGCCCUUUUUCCCAUCUGUGUUUGUUGGGAUAUUGUUUUGUGUGAGUGCAUUCUGCACCACAUAGUUCACAGUCGUUGUGUGUUUAUUGUUUUUUGUUUAUUGUUUUCACUGCAAAUAAAGAUGUGGAACUC